AUGUGGGCUCUGCGCUUUAAGGUUCACAUCUGGAGAACACCUCUGGCCCGCUCCGCCCUGCUCUACCGGUCUGCACUGCGCAGCGGCGGAGGCCUGCCACGGAGAGUGUUUUGGUCAAUGACGGGGUCCACGUGGAAGAGCAGAGCCGCUGUCGUGUCACUGAGUUUGCGCAGGCAGACUGACGUUGCGCUCCUCUCUCCGGGUUUUCCGUCACGCCACGUCCUCACCGACGGAUCCGACCCCGGUAGUGCGGGAGGAGCGAUGCAAUGUGGGCCCAGUGAGCCUCACACCGGUUACAUCACAAGCACAGCUGUAGGAGAUAGACCUGCAGGGUUCCUCCUCAAUAUCUGGAGGCAUAAAGUGGCAGCUCCAGACUUAUUGGACCCUAAAUCCGCCACUCACAACAGCAAGCCCCGCCUCUCCUUCUCCACAAAGCCAAUCACACUGUCUCCCCGAGAGGAGAGCGAGGUGGUUGCCACAGUGAUGAAGUGGAAGACGGUGACGGCCAUAUUUCUUUUGGUGGUUCUCUACCUGGUGAUGGGGGCGGCAGUCUUCAGAACCCUGGAGCAGCCUCACGAGAGUGCCCAGUGUUUGGCCAUCCUGACCCAGAAGCUGGAGUUCCUGUCCAGACACUCCUGUGUCAACGAGAGCCAGCUGGAGGAGCUGGUUAAGCAAGUUGUGUCUGCUAUUCGUUCAGGGGUGAACCCUGCAGGGACUCUGACCAACCACAGCAGCCUCUGGGACCUGAGCUCCGCCUUUUUCUUUGCUGGGACUGUCAUCACAACCAUCGGUUUUGGGAACAGCUCUCCCCACACAGAAGGAGGAAGGAUCUUCUGCAUCAUCUACGCGUUGCUAGGGAUACCUCUUUUCGGCUUCCUUUUGGCUGGAGUAGGAGAUCAGCUCGGCACCAUAUUCGGCAAGGGCAUCGCCAGAGUGGAGAAAAUGUUUGUGCAUUGGGACAUCAGUCAGACAAAGAUCCGGGUCAUCUCCACCCUGCUGUUUGUGCUGUUUGGCUGCCUGCUGUUUGUGGCGCUCCCAGCGGCCAUCUUUAAACACAUCGAGGGUUGGUCUGCGCUGGAGUCCCUUUACUUUGUGGUCAUCACCCUGACUACCAUAGGUUUUGGAGACUUUGUGGCAGGUGGUUCAGAUAUAGAGUACUUAGAUUACUAUAAACCAGUUGUAUGGUUCUGGAUCCUGGUGGGACUAGCCUACUUUGCUGCCAUCCUCAGCAUGAUAGGAGACUGGCUCAGAGUCAUCUCCAAGAAGACCAAAGAAGAGGUAGGAGAGAUCCGAGCUCAUGCUGCAGAGUGGACGGCUAAUGUCUCCGCGGAGUUCAAAGAAACACGCCGACGUGUUAGCGUUGAGAUCUACGAUAAGUUCCAGCGAGCUGCCUCAAUUAAACGCAAACUGUCCACUGAUUUAGGAUUCAGCCCUGGCCCUGAGUUUACACUGCCCAAGAGGGCCGCGUCGAUCAACCUCAACGAUGAACUGGACAGGAACGAGAGGGAGGCUGGACUGCAGGGCCUGAUGACACCGCUGGCUAGAAACGGCGGUUUGUACAUGAGCGGUUUGGACCCAGAGAGAGGAGACAUCUCAGUCAUUGAACACCUCAACUAG